AACGUUUUAAUUAGCAUAUGCCAUGAUCAAAACAAGCAUCAUCAUCACCUUAUUAGCCAUAGCCACAUCUUACUUGUUACUUACUCCAACCAAGAAAUCUAGCUAUUAUCACUCUCUCUUUAUAUCCAAUUCUCUAUCAGAUAAUGUCUCAGUAUCUAACAACCUUAAAGUUCUCACUCAUAGACCCCACAUAGCAGGUUCUGAAGCCAACAAUGAAGCUGCAGCUUAUGUUGUCUCAAUACUCACCUCAUCUAACAUACCAACUCAUGUAACAUCCUAUGAUGUUGCUCUUGCAUAUCCUUUUUCACGUUCCUUGGUUCUGACAAACUCUUCAACAGAAUCUUCUUUUAGCUUCAAUCUAAGACAAGAAAGCUAUGAAGGUGAUCCUUAUGCUGAUGUGAUAGAUGAGGUUGUCCCUACAUUCCAUGCAUAUGCUAAGUCAGGUACUGCCAUUGGUUAUGUGGUUUAUGCAAACUACGGAAGGGUGGAGGACUAUUUGAAACUCAAAGAAAUGGGAAUCAAUGUUUCAAACACAGUUGUAUUGGCAAAGUAUGGAAAAGUCUAUAGAGGAGAUAUUGUGAAGAAUGCAUAUAAUGAAGGUGCUAUUGGAGUGGUGAUAUAUUCAGAUAAAAAGGACAAUGGUGGUUCUGAUGAAGCAAAGUGGUUCCCUAAUGAAAAAUGGUUGCCACCAAGUGGUGUUCAAAUUGGAGGGGUUUAUAGUAGAGUUGGAGAUCCUACAACACCUGGUUGGGCUAGUUGUGGUGAGUGUGAGAGACUAUCAAUGGAUGAAGUGGAGAAAGGAGGUGAUGUUCCUUUGAUACCUUCAUUGCCAGUGUCAGGUGAAGAUGGUGAAAAGAUAAUUAGGUCAAUUGGUGGUCCUGUUGCUGAGGAUGAUUGGCAGGGAAGUAAAGAUGCACCUACUUAUAGGGUUGGACCUGGACCCGGAAUUCUCAAUCUAAGUUACACGGGGCAGCAAGUUAUAGCAACAAUUCAAAAUGUUAUUGGUGUGAUUGAAGGAGCAGAAGAGCCUGACAGAUUUGUCAUCUUAGGCAACCAUAGGGAUGCAUGGACAUUUGGAGCAGUUGAUCCUAAUAGUGGCACUGCAGCAUUACUUGAGGUAGCUCAAAGACUAGGCAAGCUUCAGAAAAAAGGAUGGAAGCCUAGAAGAACAAUAAUCUUAUGCAAUUGGGAUGCUGAGGAAUAUGGCAUUAUAGGAUCAACAGAAUGGGUAGAAGAGAAUAGAGAAAUUCUUGCUUCAAGGACAGUUGCUUACUUGAAUGUUGACAGUGCAGUAGGUGGACCAGGGUUCCGUGCUAGUGCUACUCCACAGCUUGAAGAAUUGAUCAUAAAAGCAACUCAGAAAGUCAAAGAUCCAGAUAACUCAUCACAAAGUAUCUAUGAUUCUUGGACUGAUUCUAAUAGUUCUCCUCAGUUUGGAAGGUUAGGAGGUAGAGUAUCAGAUUAUGCACCUUUUCUGCAGCAUGUGGGAAUUCCAGCAGCUGACAUAGCCUUUGGAAAAGGAUACCCAGUAUACCAUUCACAAUAUGAUGAUUUCGUCUGGAUGACAAAAUUUGGUGAUCCUGUAUUUCAAAGACAUGUUGCAGCUGCAAGUGUUUGGGGUUUAGUAGCACUUUGGCUAGCAGACGAGGAAUUCUUACCUUUUAAUUAUUCAUCCUAUGCUAAGGAGCUUCAGCUUAGCAUGGAGUCACUUAAAAAUGAGAUUUCAAAUGAAGAUAUAAUAAAUUUGUCUCCUAUGUAUAAGUCCAUCAAGGAACUUGAAAAAGCUGCAACCAAGAUAAAUGAACAGAUAAAGGAAAUAGAAGCAAGUAAAGGUUGGAAAACAUGGAAGAUGGACCACUUGAAAGUGAGAGAACUAAAUGAUAGACUUAUGAUGGCUGAGCGUGCAUUCACUGACAGAGAUGGUCUCUUAGGAAUACCUUGGUAUAAGCAUUUGAUAUAUGGACCAUCUAAACAUAAUAACUAUGGCUCCCAAUCAUUCCCUGGAAUUUAUGAUGCUGCAAAAAUGGCAAGAAGUUUACAUAGUGCAGAAUCGUGGAGUCAAGUACAACACGAAGUUUGGAGAGUCUCAAGAGUCAUCAAACAUGCUUCGUUGGUUCUUUCGGGUCAACUAACAUGAAUAUGAAUUCACUUCAUAGUUGAGUCUUGUUUUACCAACAGUAUCAAAUAAAAAGAUCAUUCUAUUCUGGCUUUGGAGA